AUGUCUAAAGGCGACACCAUCAUCUCAGCAUGGAAUCCCACUGGAGACGGCCAGGAACAGCGAGAACAGCAACAGCAGCAGGCACAGCAGCAGACACAGCCUCGCAUGUCCCGGAGAGUCUACGCGGCAUGCCGCCGCCGCAAGGUCGGCUGCGACAAGAAGCAGCCGUGCCAGCACUGCAGCAAGUCCGGUACCGAGUGCGUCUACCCGCCCGACAACAACCCGGACGCGCAGCAGAUGCUCCGGGACACGCGACUGCUGGAGCAGCUCCACCGCCUCGAGCCCAUGUUCAAGACGUUGGUCAGCUGCAUGGAGCAGGGCACGCUGCCGCCCUCUGUGUUGAACUCCGUUCUGCCCCAGAGCCAGCCAGACCCCAAGAAUAUGCCGCCGACGCCACCGAUGCCUCCUCACUCGGUCGGGUCCGGCGGCACGGGAAAUCAGCCGGGGUACCGUCUCGUCGGCAAUGAAUCGCAUGCUACACAGCAGACUCCGAGCCCUCUCCAGCAGUCUCACUCACCGUUGCAGGACACAGACUCGACUAGUAGCUUGCAGCUCAACCCUGCCAAUACUGCGAUGAGCGACGAUGAUGACUCUGAAUGCGAAGAGAGUCCCCCUGCAUCCGGCCUCGAGUCACUACAAUACGCCCCAAUCUUCAACACCUGUGCCCAGAAAAUCGGUCCCGACUCUCCCCACCUGCCUCAGCACCAAAGACUCAAGGCGUGGAAACUGUUCAAGGAGAAUGUCCACCCGGUCGCGACCAUCCUGCACAUACCCUCGGUCGAGCAAAUGGUGCUCGAAGCAAUACAGGACCCGCGGGACCUCAAGCCACCGCUUGAGGCUCUCCUGUUCGUAAUAUACUUUGGCGCCGUCAACAGCCUCUCCUCAGACGACUGUAAGCUGCAAUUCGGCGUGCAGCAGUCUACCCUGCUAGCCAAGUUGCGCCGAGGCGCAGACAGCGCCCUGUCUCGCUCGAGGCUGAUGGAGACGGACGACAUGCUCACGCUGCAGACUUUUGUGGUGUAUCUGGUGCUCCUGCGCUCCCGCGAUCCUACAUACUCCUGGAACAUGACCGGGCUAGCUGUUCGGCUCGCGCAGUCUCUCGGGAUGCACCGCGACGGAAGCGCUCUCAACCUCAGUCCCUUUAAUGCCGAGAUGCGUCGCCGGCUAUGCAUGGAGCUAAGCAGCUUCGACUCCAGACCGCCCCUUAACGUGAACGACGAAGAUCUGCACCCAGACAUGACCGAGUAUCCGAGCGAGUCUCGCAGCAUGACCGACAUGUCCUUCACGGCCGCCCGCUGCUGGGCCUCCAGCAUCUGGCGGACCAUGAUUGACACGCGCAGGAUUGACCCGGAUACCGGGAAGAGUUUCAAGCCCAUGACAGUAGCGGAGAAGCAGGCCGCUUUUAUCGGCACCAUCAUCUCCAACCUCCAUCUCAUGGCCCUCAACCCUCUCGGUUCAGAGACCUCGCUGAACGAAGACCAGCGAAGACGCGUCUUCCAGGACGCGAUAGAAUGCAUGACGCACUCAUACCGACUGCGAGCCGACCCCAUGGUAGCACACUGGUCAUGGCUGACAAAAUGCUAUAACGAGUGGCACGCCUUCGCCAUCAUCUUAUGCGAGCUCUCCAGACGGCCCCUGGUGCGAGACGCCGACAAGGCCUGGCGGGUGGUGGAACAGAGCGCCGUGCUGCGCUGGGACUCGCCGACCCGGCACCGGAGGGUGCACCAGUGGCGGUCGGUCAUGCGGAGCAUCGACAAGGCGAGGAGGAGGAGGAAGAAGGAGCUGGGGCGACGCAAGUCUGCCAUGUCGGCGAGGUCUUCGUCUACUGCGCCGCAGAACACGAGUCCGGCUGCCCAGCAACCAUAG